UGCGCAAUGCGCAUGCCGAACACAAUAAUCCCUUUAGAACGUUGCAAUAUCGCAUUUCCAAUUUCAAGACGGUCAGAACAAAUUUCCUUCUCCCGCCUCUUUUCCCCAUUAGCUAGAAUUACUCGAAAAUGCACCACCCUCCCUUUUCUCCUCUACGAUUACGGCUCUACUAGUCUAUUUUUCUCUUCACUUCACCUUACUUGUUCCAAUUUUUAUCUGUCAAAAUCCCAAAGAAAAAUCGAAAACCCAUCGCUUUUUAAUUAUCGGGGAGAAAAGUGACCCGUUGUCGUAGAUUUUGCUUCCUACUUUGAUCUUAGAGGUUUCGCGGUUUUGAUUUUGUGCAUUUCAAGAUAAAAUUGUGAUAAUGGAAGUAGACGUGAGGCAAAGUUUACGAGAAGAUCGAAUGAGUGACUGUCGAAGUUUUGGCUGCAAUUAUCAUCCAUCCAGCCAAUCGAGAAAGAUUUCAAUAGGAGUUACGGUAGACUCUUUAGCUAAGGGAAAACCUGGAGCCACCAAGGAAGAUGAAGGUAAACAGCCAAACACAGAAAGAAUUGAACCUAGCAUUGGAAUUUCCACAGAGGGAAAAAACAAAGGGGAAGCUGUCACAACCUCAAAGGGGAAGCAAACUGAAGAUACUGAGCAGGUUAAAUCUCCAUGGAUUACUCCUAGAUCCUUACAUAAAAAAUCUCUUGCUGCAGAGACUGCCUCUUUCCCAGAAGAAACUAGCAACCCUAGACAGAAGAAAAUUAAUGCAGUGAAGGAUGUGCCAGUAACAUAUUCAAUUCAGUUUUUUCCAAACCAAACCUUAAACGCACAGAAUGUUGGUAGCGAGUGGCAUAAGGUUGAUAGCCUCAUUAAUGGCCUCACCUACCAAAGGAAAGGAAUGAAGGAUGGCAACUCACAGAGGCUGGAGGAGUUCAAUUUUGCAAAUGCACGGAAAGUUCUUGAGUUGGAUAAAGUGGUGAUAGAGGACAAAGCAGAUAAAACACAAAACAUACAAACUGAAACUUUGAAAAUGAAGCUGUGGGAGUUGUUGGGAACUGUUUCUUCACCAAAAAGUCUGCAAUCUAGUUCAUGGUCUCAUAAGGUCAGUGCCAAUAAUUUAAAACCAGAGAUAAGCGCUGAUCAUAUGGGAGACACAGUUGUAAAGCCCAGACAAAAUUCAGAUACUAUAGAAACUGAUUCAGACAAUCCUGAUAAGACCAUUAAGAGGCCAGUAACCCAUUCUUUGACCCGAAAACGAGCUCCAGCCAAAGUGCAACCAGACAAGACUAGAGUUGGUUUAUCCUCCAAGCAGAAACAUCAACAAAGCAUCUUCUCUUUUGGAGAAGGAAAAUCUACAAAGCUAGAUGGUGCUGUCAAUUGUGAGUCAUCAUUGUCCAGGAAAAAGAAAAUUUUGAGGAAAAGUUCUAAAAUUGGUCCACGUAAGCUCUGUUUUCCUAGAGAGGAUAAUGGAGAUGAGGUUAAGCAAACAACCUAUAGGAGUGAAACUCCAUUGCCUGGAGAGAAAACUUCUAUACUUGGUAAUAAGAUUGAAAGCCUUCCUGGUUCCUUUAGUGAGAAAAGGAGAGAAAACUCCGAAAAGGUUCAAGAAAAGGACUCUUUUCAUUCUCCAGUGACCAACAAGACAAACCAGCAGGUUAAUUUUGACAAUCCAACAUCACCAGAAAAAGGGGAUAAACAAGAAGAUUUAGGUAAUAUAUCUUUGAGGAAUUUUUUGUAUACACAAGAUGAUUUCCAAAGUCCAACUUUUGGAUUCAACACACCUAUUUUAAAUACAUCUCCGAUCCCUACACCAAAAACUGUAGAGAUGGAGAAAGGUGCUUGCAAUCCUGUACUAUCUGAGAGAGGAUUUACCAUAGGAAAUAUCCGGAGCUUCAGGACUUUCCAAACUUCAAGAACUGUUUGUAAUGAUUCCAAUGCGCAAGCUCAGUCACCUGAAGAUGCAGAGAAGCAUACUGUUUCUUCACUCAGGAAUGCCAUGCCAGCUAAGGAAAAUUUUGACCCAGUAAAUGAACUUUCUGAAGCAUCACCAGAAGAGAGGCGGUCAGAGAGCUUUGAAGAAGGAUCACCCAUUAUUAAAAGAUAUGAUUGUCACAGAGAUGAUCUGCUCUCACCAGAGACUGUUAUUUCUGAGAAACCAAAUUUCGUGCAUUGUCCAAUCAAACGGCUUCAAAACCUUGAAGAUUUCAGGCUUAGUGAAUUCAGUCCCACCUCACCCUCUCAAGAAGGGGCAGGGAUUGGAAAAAGUUAUUGGUUCCAGGAACCCUCAGAACAGGACCAAGAAGAUGAAUUGACCAGGGCUGUUACACUGUUUGCUUUGGCUCUAGAAACCUUUAAACGCAAAAUGGAUUCAGCUACUAGAAAGAAGUCCUCUGAGAUUUUAAUGUCCAUUUCUGAGGAGAUUAAGUCAAUGCUGCUGAACGUUGAGUUUCAGAUUGAAUCUGAUGUAGGGAAGCUGACUAGUCUCAGUAAAACCAAAAGGAAACACCUGGAAACAAGAUUGCAAGAGCAACAAGAACAAUUGAAGCUGAUGCUUGAAAAGUUCAAGGAGGAUAUCCAUCAUCAUCUCCUGGACUGCAAUAGUAUCCUUGAAGGGAUGGAAGCUCACCAAAUUGAGUUAAAGGGAAUCAUGAAGAGACAAAAAGUGUCACACCAGAAGCUUCUCAUGCAUGCGGAAGAAGCAGCUGAAAUCCAACUUAAUAAUGCUGAAAGAAGAAUCACAGCUGUCCAUGAGUCGGCGAGCGAAAAGAUGCUCCACCUGAAACAUGUAAUAGCUGAGUGCUUGAAAGACAGUAUAUACUAAACUGACAGAGGCCUGAAGAUCGACUUUCAUUCAUCCUAAGAAGUUAGAAAUUGACUUUGUAAAUUCUGUAUGUCCUAACAUUUCCCUAAUACCUUAUUCUACUUAGCCCUUGAUUCUAUAUUUUUCAAUUGUCCAGUGGAACCUUAUCUGUAAUAGUGGAGACAUCACUUUUUCUUUGAGUAGCCUGUAACUUGAGUUCUUGAUGCGAUGGUGCGAUUGGUUUUACGUAUAAAAUGAAAGAAUCUCGGACUAUAUUGAAUUAGAUUUAUGGCAAGCAAUGAUGAGAUUUUUUUUUUCCCGAGUAUAUAUUUUUAAAUGAUUUUGUUGCAGAUUUACUUUAUAUUUGCACUAACUCUUUGUUGGCUUUAUAUGUGAACCGAGAUGGAGCCACUUGUACAUUCUGAAGAUUUGGUCGGUUUUCUUCUACAUUACCGUAAAAUGAAGGAAAAGUAUAGCACUGUUUUCUUUUGGGUACUGGAUGAAAUGGAUAUGAAUGUUCCGAUUACGUAGUUUCUCAUUGCAUAUUUGCAACCAUAUGCGGGAGCGUUAAGCUCAACAAUUUGGUAUUGUAUUUAUGGUGUUCGAUUAUUAAAAUUAAAAUAAUGUGUCUUUCUGUCCAGGGGUUGAUGUUGUUACGUCAUGUUCCACGCAAGUUUCUAUCCACCACAAUCACAGUGAGGUUGUCUUGCAAUUUUCUUUUUUCCCCUUAUUGUGGUCUUUUUUAUCAGCAUAGAACCAAAGAAAAAAAAAAAACAUUACGGUUUCUUUGUUAGGUUGUUAAAAGAGAGCCGCGGUAGAAUUUCUGGGGUUUCUCAGGCAGCUAGAAAACGAAAGACUGAAAAUUUCGUUCAUGUUCUACUUGGGUUUAGUUUCUACGUCUGACAUCAUUUAAUGUUCGUUGAAUUUGGGGCUUUCAUUAUCCUCAUCACCCUGGGUCCCUCCCUUCUUAGCACUGUCGUUGUCUGUCUGUUUUUCUUUAUGGAUGGAUUGACCACAGCUUUCUUUUGUCCACCCUUUGUUAAUUCGUUCCGGCCCGGGUGAGUGAAAUUUCAACCGAAAAAAAAAAACACAUUACAGCGACAAGGAAACAUAGGGGCAUGUGAACCAUAGGUGAUCACGUCAAGUACACGCUUUUUUUCUCCAAUCUUUCUUCCUUAAUGCGUGGAUUUGAUUGGAUGUUUCUGACUGACUGAUCAAUUGGGUUACGUGUCGCCACUGGGUGGUGGCUCUACUACACUUCGGACUGUGGCUAGUCCUGGUCCUGAUCCCCCAGUUCUCGUGAGAGUCCUAGAUACCUUCGUGGGCUCGUACAAAAUUCUGGCCAUUUCUUUGUCAUGCGUUGAACUUUCAUUUUCAAAAUUCAAUUUCAAGAUAAUGAAGAUAAUAAAAAUGAUCGUCACUGUCCUCUCGUUGGCAUGCUUUUCCUCGUGCUUGUUGUCAAUUACCAUCUACUUAUGGUAUGGGUUUCAAUUAAUCAACUACUAUAAUUAAUGUAUCAAUGCAAAUUAUUGGGAUAUCUUAUUUGCCGGCGGGUCAGUGUUCUAUAUUAAUUUUACAAGGAAUUCGACUCAUCCUAUUCCUAGUGCUUGAUUUGAUGCUCAUUUUUUGAGCAUUUUUAAGUUCGU